AUGGAUCGACUUCCAAAUGAAAUUCUUCUAGCUAUCGGGAAGCACACCCAAGCAGGCAUCGGUGGUCAGUCUUCAUUGCACUCGCUAAGCCUUAGCUGCCGACGAUUUCACAAUCUAUUUCAGCCUUUAAUGUACUCCUACAUUUCUUCCGACAAUUUCUCAGAGGCAUUCAUCGGCUUCAUCAUGCGUAUAUGGAGACAACCAGAGCUCGCCAAACAAGUCCACCGGCUCGACUUAUGCUGGUCCCAAUGUGACCAGCAUGAUCCACUAGAACUGAACGAUGAAAUGCAAGCUUUCGUCGAGCAAGCGCUGGAAGAGAUUUUCACCGCGGAAGAGCAAGAGUCCAAGGAAUUAUGGGAAGAGCAUCUUCACGGAGAGGAGGGACUAUGUGGCGAAGCAUGGCUGGGUCUAUUACUUGUCCGACUAACAAACCUCCGAAUCCUCGAGUUCCAGCAUGAACAUACAGAACUCAUAUCCGAUAUCCUGCUCAAAGCAGCGAAACACCAGCAGCCAUUUCACAAGGAGCCACUGUUCCCUCACUUACAAGAGGUCCGAGCAUGUGUCGCCUGGGGGGCUUCAUGGAUUGACUCGGAAUUUCUAAAGCCUUUCUUUUCUUUCUCUGGCGUCCGCAGGAUCUACGGAACCGCAAUCGGCGAGCAGAAAAAUAAAAAUGAAGGAGGUAUGGACCUCCCAAGGCACCGGGAUCUGUGCCCUGUGCGGGAUAUUACCGUGGAAGAGGGCUACUGGUGUCGCGGUAUGCUGGACUGGCUCGCAGUCUGUACACAUCUUGAGCAUAUUUCCAUCACGGUCGAGAUCCAAGCAGAUGAAUACGACCUCGCUGAGGAGGAGCAGUUCGAUGCUUCGAAAUUUCGAUUGGCUCUUCUUCCUUUUACGACCACUCUACAGACUCUACGCAUUCGUUAUGGAGAUGCGUACACGAGUCAAGUGAUAGACGAAAAAGAUGUGGCUGAGACUCCGUUCGAGUCGUUGAAAGACUUUACUGUUCUUGAAACACUUACAGUCCGACAUGAUCAUCUGGUUGAAUCGCCCGAUGACUCCGUUCGGGAUUGGGAAUCGAAGCCACUUACGGAAAUCCUGCCUCAUUCUCUCGUGGAGCUGGAAAUCACAGACGUGAUCGUCGAUCACUGUCCCGAGCUCUCGUCAGGACUUUUGAAGCUUUUGCGUGUCGGGGAUCAUUCAAUGAAUCUUCAAAUAUUGACGCUAGGUAUUUGUCGCGAGGAUGAGGAGGAGGAGCUAGGUGAUGUUUUUGACGCUCUCAAGCUUGAAUGCGAAGUUGCCAAUGUCCGUCUGAAUAUUGAAACAGUGUGA